UAGCAGAGAGAGAGAGAGAGAGAGAGAGAGAGAGAGAGAGAGAGAGAGAGAGAGGAUGGGGCUUCAUCAUCUUCAUCAGCAUCAUCAAGCGGCCGAUGGAUUGGCGAACUUGUUCACGAAGGCGAAUCAUGAUCUCUCGGUGGUUCAGUACAGGCUCGAGAAGGAGUUCCAGCAAAUCUAUCCCGACAGCGCUAAUCCGAUGAAGUUAGUUUCUAGGAUAAAGAAGAUACGGGACGAUAUAUCAACCUUGCAAGAGCAGUGUCGUGAAAUUUUGAUGGCCAAACAGGAUGUAAUUGAUAAGGCUCGGACGGUUCUGGUUGGGAACAGAAACAUGCUGCAAAAAAUGCAAGCAUCCAUGGGCAUACCCCUUGUCAGCGAUCUCGAUGAUCAUGCUUUUGCGCAAUUCAAGAAGAUCACUGAAGAGUGGACAACACAAGUUCAAUCAAAAAUUGGGGACGACGGGCAGGAGGACGCCGACUCUAAUGACGUAAAUAAGUUGCUAUUCUCGGCCGUAGUGCACACCAACCACUAAUAGAGAGUUACGAAAGCUAAAUUUUCGCACGCCAAGUUCGAAGUAUGCAGCUGUUUUCACACCAUCAUUUUAAUAGACUUCAGACUGGUGCCUAUCCUGUUUGCCAGAGUCAAUGAUAUGAAGAAGUUGAAUUA